AUGCUCCUCCUGCUCGUCUUCGCUGUCCUUGCCGCCGUCGCUGCCUUCCUCCUCUUCAAGUUCGCCACCGUCGUCGAUGGGGACUUGACGCUCGUGUCCCGCGGCCCGCCGCGGCGGGAGAGGGUGGACGGCAAGGUCGUGUGGAUUACUGGAGCUAGCCGCGGGAUUGGGGAGGUUCUUGCAAUGCAAUUUGCGAAUUUAGGAGCAAAGCUGAUACUAUCUGCACGUAACAAGGACGAGCUUGAGAGAGUGAAAAAUAACAUCCUCAGCAAGAAUCCAGAUAGCAGAGUUGAAGUGUUACCCAUGGAUUUAUCAGCUGGUGAAGAAUCUCUGAAAGAAGUCGUAAAUGUGGCAGAAUCAUUUUUUUCUAAUGCAGGCGUUGACUAUAUGAUCCAUAAUGCAGCCUUUGAACGUCCAAAACGGGGGGCUCUGGAAGAAAGUGAGGAAGGUCUUAAGGCUACUUUGAAUGUCAAUGUUUUUGGAACUAUUACUUUAACGCGCCUUCUAGCACCUUACAUGCUGGAUAGAGGGAUGGGCCAUUUUGUUGUGAUGAGCAGUGCUGCUGGAAAGGUUCCUGCUCCUGGUCAGGCCAUUUACUCUGCCUCCAAACAUGCUCUUAAUGGAUACUUUGCUUCUCUGCGAUCUGAGUUGUGUACAAAAGGCAUUAAGGUCACUGUUGUCUGCCCCGGACCGAUUGAAACACCACAAUCUUCUGCUGCAGCCUCUCAAGUACAAACACAUUCUGCUGAGAAACGUGAGAAACGUGUUUCGGUGGAAAGGUGUGUUGAACUGACAAUUGUUGCUGCUACUCAUGGACUGAAAGAAGCAUGGAUAUCAUAUCAGCCUGUGUUGACUGUUAUGUACUUGGUGCAAUACAUGCCAACAGUUGGUUACUGGCUCAUGGACAAGGUUGGUGCAAAACGGCUGGAUGCGGCCGCAAAGAAAGGGAACACAUAUAGUUGGAAUCUCAUUUUCGGCAGCAAGAAGUCAGCAUGA